UCUGUAUCUACUAAUAAAACCGAUGUAUGACAGCAGCAAAAUCAAAUUUUGCAGUAGAGGAAAGAAAAAUAAUAGAGAUUUAUUGCAAACUUAGAUAUUUAAAUACCUGUUUUAAUCUUAUUUUUAUAUUGUUUUCGGGCGAACAUUAUGGAUUCGAAUACUGUGCUUGAUAGUUGUUUAGGCAAAGCUGUCCACCCCAAUAAUACAGAUCUAGAUAUUUCGGCAAUCGAUCAGUUUUGUCUUACGCUGAAAAGGAACCCAAUGCUGAUGCAACAUGGAACACAGCUGCUUGCCAAAAGAAUCCAGUCCAGUAGCACCAAGGAAGCGAUGUUCGCAUUAGAGGCUCUAGAAGAAUGCAUGGAAACGUGCGGAAUAGAGUUCAGAUCGGAAAUAAAUAAAUUUCGUUUUCUCAAUGAACUGAUCAAACUGGUGUCCAGAAAGUUCGAUGGAGAUAAAACGCCUAGAGAAAUUUCUGAAAAAAUUCUUAAUAUCCUGCUAACGUGGACAAACAAAUAUGAAAGCUGCAAUAAAAUUCAGGAAGCCUAUAAUUUGCUUAAAACUCAAGGAAUCGAACACCAUCCACAGCAGAACGUGGUACUCAAGAGUACUCAAAAAAACGACUCACGUGGUAAUCUAGACGAUAGUCAUUUUGCAAAACUUCGAAAGUUGAUCAAUAGUUCUAAACAGGAGGAUCGCGAUAAGGCUAAUCUAUUAAUUCAGAACUUUUACCGUGACGACGAAAGGCGAACGCAGAUGAAGGCUCGUCGUCUAACAGAACUGCAGAAGGUGGCGGAGAAUACCAAAUUGCUUGAUGAAAUGCUUUCAGAGUAUCGGUCAGGUGAGAGUUCCGAGGAAGAACUGGCUAUUAUUCGAGAUAUAUUCCACUCUUGCAAAGAAAUGCACCCAACGAUCAUUCGUCUAGCGGAAGAAACACAGCAUAGUGAAGGAAUGUUAGAAAAAAUCUUUGAAGUUAACGAUAGUCUAACCCAAGUACUGGACAAAUAUCACCAGGUCAUACCAACCAAUCCGCCAAUUGGACAGGGGUCGUAUCAAAAAAACACAACGUCACCGUCUCAACAAAAUACAACGGCAUCGUGUCAAUCCCAAUCGAGCACAUCGAUUGAAACAUCGUCGUACAUCCCAAACGUUAUUGGGCCUGAUCCACUUGAUACGUUAUUUGAUAUCUCUAAUAUCCCUUCGAGUAACGAUCCAAUUCGCAGUACUUUUGACGAUCUCAGUGAAAUAUUUUCAUCGCCUGUCACAACAGAUCAAGGGAGCAUAAACCCGGGCUCAUCGACCUCGUUAACAUCUGCUGUAAACACUGAAACUAUCCUGACUCCGAUGGUCAUCACUAAUGCGACAGUGGCUAAUAAUGACAGAUUAAAGCUAACCACAAAUGGUCUCAACAAAUAUUGCGACUUAAAAAAUCUUCUACAAACUAAUGUCAACGGAAAUGUCAACUAUCAUCAAAGAAAAUCUGUAGCGAGUUUUGCUGAUAACAGACCAGUAAGCACUAACACAAAUCCAACUACUAUUGACCUGUCAGCUAGCACCGAAAAAUCAAUUCCUGACUUGGAUUCACUAGUGAGCGGAAUGAAGUCUACGCUUUUGUAUCAAAACAGCAUGCCAGCGGAGUCUGAAGAAGUGCUUACUUCUGACAACGUUAAUUCUAGUGAAGAAGAUGACAUAAUAUUGGACCCCGUCACACCUGUGGCAGAAGCAUCUCAACCAUUGUACAGUGUGGUAGAAGAUUCUCCAAUAGCAACAUCCGCAAAGCCUCAAAUUAAAACGUUAGCUGAAAUUGUAAUUGAUUUAGACAACAUUCAGCCUAGUCGUGAACCAUCGCGGACCGUUUGGGACGACAAAGAUGGCCUUCAAAUAACGCUCAAUUUUGCGAAAGAUCAUCCUCGAACGGACGUCUCAGUGAUCGUAAUUUCCACCAUCAAUCAGGGUCGGGUAGAAAUCCUAGAUUUCAAUUUUGAUGCAAGCGUUCGAAAACCGUGCAAGCUUCGCCUAUUACCAGCUUCUGGCUCCAGUCUUCCCGGUACCAAACCGUUCCGACCACCUGCAGACGGAAUCACACAGGUCCUUCUUCUGGCAAAUCCUUCCGGCGAACCGGUCGAUUUGACUUGUAUACUUACAUAUUGCGUGGGUAAUGAUCCAGAUCCAAUCAAGGAAUCUAUCAUAAUGCCGAAGGUGCCUUUCAUCAAGCAAUAGUACAGUUUAGUUUGGGUUCGUAUGGCAAUCUAACACUACGACACCUAACAUGCAUCGUGAAGAAUUCGAAAUGCAGCUUGUGAUGUAUUAAAAGCGACGAUAACUCGAUAUUCUAGUUAUGUUUUGAAUUACAUCGUUACUUUAGCAUACGUUGUUGUGAAAAGCAUUUAAUUUUAAUCAGCUAUAUAUCGUCCUACUAUGAUAUAUGUUGAUAAUUGAAUUAUCCAAUAGUAGUUAUUAUCUGUAAAUCAAAAAUAGAUUUUAUCAGCUUAAUUUUACGAAUUAUUUC